GCUAUAUUUUAAUUACUUGGUCCAUGGGGAAUGGUUUUGCAUAUCGUUAGCGUACAUGAAUGAUGUUCAGUGGACAAAAAGGCGCUAAUGGCCUUAACAUAUUCAAAUGGAAACGGCAUAGCGAAUCAUCUUUGAGAACAGGAUUGCUUGAUAAUGUGCCUCCUGAAGUUGAACUGUCGGACUAUCGCAGAACACCAAGUCCAGGUAGUGAAAGCCUAUCUGGGCUUCUUAAUGGUGAGAGCGUGAAUGUUGAACCAAUUGCUGAUCUGGACGUGUUCUUCGAGAGGCUCUACAACUAUUAUUGCGAGAAAGGAUUAUGGUGCAUUUUUAUAAAGUGGAUAUUUGAGCUUCUGAGCCUAGCUUUCACCAUAUGCUUUUCUGGGUUUUUCCUGUUGUACGUUGAUUGGAAUGGGCUCCGCAACGCCAAAUGUGGAAUGGAAGCUAUGGAAUCUGGAAUUAAGCCUUGUGAUCUGGCCAAUGAAGCUCUCCAUCUGCACCCAUUGAAGCCUCUCACGCUCUUUAAAGCCAUUGUUUUGGGUUACCUGGGGAUAUUUUCUAUCUACUGGAUAUUUUGCUUCUUAAGGUUUUUCGCACAGCUAAAAGAAACCCUGGAAAUCCGUCAGUUCUACUACAGAAGUCUUCAUGUAACAGACAAUGAGAUACAAACCAUUCCAUGGGCAUCUAUUCUUGAAAGAGUUGUCCAGUUGCAAGAAUUGCAGCAACUUUGUGUAGUCAAGAAUCUUUCUAUUUAUGAUGUUGUUAUGCGAUUAAUGCGGAAGGAAAAUUAUUUGAUAGGAAUGCUUAACAAAGGGCUCCUUGCUUUCCCUAUUUCUCACUGGGUACCUGGCGCUGGUCCAGCUAUCAGUUGUGGCCCCAAUGAUGUGGGUAGUCGUCUAAUACUGACAAAAACCCUUGAAUGGACCUUAAAUUGGUGCAUACUGCAGAGCAUGUUUGACAGAAACUUUUGUAUACGAAAGGACUUCAUUUCUGAUACCAAUUUGUCACACCCUAGUCUUGAUAGGGCAUGAUGGGCACCCGACCCUUUACUUAGAGCUGAGCGAACCCGCUGGUU